AAUAAUUGUAACAUUUUGUUAUGUUACACGCGUCUACUAUUGCAUGAUUAUUUAAAAAAAUAAAGAGCAAAAUGGAUAAGAAUCUUACUGUAGAUUUAACGGAUAACAAGGAUUUAAGAUUUCUUCAUCAGUUUCUUAUAGAACACAAUUUUGAAAGCACUGCUGGGGCAUUGAUAGCUGAAGCAGCAACAAAGGGUUUCAAACACCUUCAGAACAAUUUAAAAACAAACAAUGAAACUUACACAGAGCCUCAUGAACAAAUAAUGUUAACCUACAAAUCAGGGGACUGGAGAACAUUUUUCAAAUUAUGGAACAUGUUAAUACCUGAAGAUGCAAAACAAACAAAAGCCUAUAAAAUUCUGACACUAAAUUUACACGUAUACUUCACAAUGUUACCUAAACGUAUAUUACUUUCAUAUUGGUACAAAGAAAAAGAUAAAACACAAACAGAUACAGUUAAUUCUAUGACAUCUUUGAGUCAACAAGAUUCAGAGUAUGAAGAGGAUUUUAUGAUCGAAAUAGAGGAGAAUAUGAACAAUAGUAUGGAAGAGUUGCGCGUAUUUUUAAAUACAACUGGCAAAGAAUUAAAGAAUGAUAUGGAAUUGAGACCAUUUUUUGCAUUACCAUUUAUCGAGAAUCCAUACGCGGAACCGUCUCUUUCGAAAAUAUUUGAAAAAAGUUGGAUAGACGAACUAACCGAAAACUUAUGUGUGUUUCUUAAAAAAUAUAAACAACAAAAUAUCAGCGACGUAGGAUGCAAUAUCGUAGACUCGAAUAAAAUGUCUCCAAAGCAUGGGUCUGUGUCGGAGGAGUCGCAAACAGAUUCCAUUACAAGGAGAACAACUGGACAGAGAAAUGUACCAAUCGUACCAAACGAUAGGAACAUUCCAGUGUUUUUAGAGAAUGACGAAGACGAAGAACAAUAUACUUUGUCCGACGAUACGAAGCAUAAUCAAAAGUCAAAAAGUGUGCAGACUGUAUUAAUGAACUUUUCGAAUUUGAUUAAAAGCAAAAAAAAGUUACUGCAGUGUUCGCAAGAAUUGUCGGUGACGAAAUUCCGCUUAUGCAGCGUGCAUUCUAAUUACGAAAAAUUAAAAGUAAGGUUCCAUAAGUUACACGCGGAUUAUCAUAAAUUAAUGACCAUCGCAAGAGUAUUGACGACCGCUUUGGAAAAUUCGGCGAGAGGUCAUGCCAUGGAUUUCCAAGCUAUGCUAGAAACUUGUAUGAAGAUUUUCCCAGAUUUGUUUAAUCAAAAUAUAAAAGAUAAUUCGUAUUGUUCUUCAGAGUUGCUAUUAGAUAAAUCUAACUCAGAGAUGAAGAUUGUUGAACAUUCCGUACCGUACGUUGUACUCGCGUCUCCUAAAUUAUUGAAUUUCAAGAAGAUCAAGUUACAUCUGAUAAAUGGAAGUAUCAAAACGAAACUGUUUCUCCUGCAAGCGUUGCGAAGGAAAAUAACUGUUAGCCUAGCUGGGGAAAGAGAGGAAACAGUGCACGAAUAUAUAAGCAAAGACUUGCUAGGCCUUCAUGGACAAAUUGCUGGUUAUGAAGGCAAAUGCAUCCUACCGUAUUUACUACCACUAGAUAACACUGUUAUGCCACAAUCUUUGCAACAAUCAAUCGCGAGAUUAUUAAAUGCUUUAGCGUCGUUUAGGUGCGGACGAGAUUAUUUGUCGUUCGAUUCUACAGUCGUUGAUGUGGUAUGCAAUUGCCUCAAGAAUGCUUGCGAUAACGACCUAGAUACGUUUACUUGCGAUAUGAUGAUCGCGACGCUGCAGAAGUUAUCAGUGCGUAAACAGCAACGAAUAUAUAUGAUAGAAAAUGGAUUGGUAGAGUGGUUGAUUCAUCAUUUGCACGACCAGUGUAGCGUUAUAGACGCUUAUCGACUAGAAUACGCUUCAGCCCUUUUAAUGAAUUUAUCCUUGCAUCAAAUAGCUCAAAGAAGAGCAUCCAAUAUGGCGUCGCUGCUUAUUUCAACGCUAACCGAGUUGCUUGUAAUGAACUAUUCGUCGGCAUUACCAUACGUCAAUGGAGCAUUAAGUAUCUUCUUGACUAAUCACACGAUUAAUGAAGAGGCAAAGAAAUUGAAUAUCUCGUCCCUGUUGGAACAGUACAGUAAACAUAAGAACGAAGAAGCGAGGAAAUACUUGGAUCAAAUUUUAAAAAUACAUAAAGGCGAGAUUACCAUCGAAACAGAAAUUAAAGAAAUGGCGGACAAUGAUAAUGAAGAGUUUGAUGUAUUAGAGAGCGAGUUAGAAGAAAACGAUCCAGUAAAGAAUAAAUACGACGAAUUAUGUGGGGAACCGUUACUCGCAUCGUGCUAUACCGUUUUACCAAAUACUUUUCACAAAGAGGAAUUGAUUUCAGACGCGUCAAUAAACUCUGUCGUACACGGCAAUGAAGAACAAAUAAAAUCGUCUGGGAAACAUUUACCAAGAAAGAGUAGCAAUACGACUGUAGCUUCGUCGACGAUCUUAGAGGCUGGAAGCGAAGCUGAAUUAGCAGGCCUGGUGUUAAUAAUUCGAAUGAAUUCUUGGUUUUUUUCCAGUCACGCAGAAGUUGAGUAGUAUAGCGUCGUUGUGAGUCAAGAUUUUAUCGUCGAUACAGUGCACCGAGUGAUUUUGAAAUUUAUGCACGUCAUUGUAUCGUAUAAUCGUGCACCGUUUUAUACUUUUAUACCGGGAUUUAGAUACUUUUCUAUAGUAUGGAGCUUUCGAAUAAACGAGCCGUUUCGUUGACCGUUAUAUCUUUCAAUUAUAUUCAUUUCGUUGCACGUUACUCGGAAUUAGAAUAUGUUUUCUUGUAGGAACAUCGACAGUGGUAAUAAAACCAUGAGCGAUACCGAAGAAGCGUUCGUAUCGAAACCAAAGCUUCCACGAACGCCGCCAUAAUUAGAGACUACUCGUAACGACGCAUUGGAA